AUGUCUUCGACAAAUUCCGCCGCGUUGCCAAGCUCUACAGCAUGCAGCAAGCUCUACGAUAGCCCCAUCCGCGACGCCUCCUGCGCUAUGCCAUACGAGGAUGAUCACAUCGACAUCAUGAAAAAAUGCUGCAACGAAUCCGACAUAGUGAGCUACUAUUCCAACUGCGGGCUCUAUUGUCUCGCACAAAACCAGACUGUCGACGACCUACGCAACUGUUUCUUUGACGAGGGCGCGAAGUGGGAUCGGGUAUUUUGUAGGGGCGAAGAUGAUGCUACUGCAACAGGAAACGGAAGUCCACUAGCAAGUGCUUCGGCGACCUUGAUUAGCAAUAGUGGAAACGAGAAUGAAGAGAGUAACGAUGGUGAUGAGGGCGAGGGUGAUGGCGAGGAUGAAGAUGAAGAUAAGGGGAAGUCUAGCGAAUCAGGUAACGCUGCAACAUGCAGUAAGCCUAACCCUAGCACGAGCAUAAUUGGCAUUGCUAUCGGUGUCCUACUCAUGUCGGUAACUAUAUUCGGGGCAGUUUAG